GGAGAUAACAAAAAAAAAAAGGAAAGCAGAAAGAGAGAAAUGGCAACAGGUGGUAUCAAAGAAGUGGGAGGAUCAGCUAACAGUCUUGAAAUCGAGAGUCUUGCUCGUUUUGCUGUUGAUGAUUACAACAAGAAACAGAAUUCGCUGCUCGAGUUCAAGAGAGUGGUGAAAACAAAGCAGCAGGUGGUAUCUGGGACGAUGUACUACAUAACCUUUGAGGUAACUGACGGGGGUCACAGGAAAGUGUAUGAAGCCAAGGUGUGGGAGAAGCCAUGGAUGAAUUUUAAGGAGGUUCAGGAAUUCAAGCUUGUCGGGGAUGCUCCUUCUGACUCUAGCGCUUAGCUAGAUUACCUUUUGAGUUAGGUGAUUGUUUUUGAAAACCACCGAUAGUACAAGUUAGCUAAAAUGAUUUUGCUGGUUCAAUGGCAUUGACAUGGAUGCAUUGUACAGCUAAUUGAUGAUGCUGAUGGCCUGCUUUUAUACGAGUAUGAAUCUGAUGAAGCCUUUUUGAUUCAGGUGGCUGAAGACUGUCUAGCUUGCUAUACUUGGAGUUGAUGUUCAAAAUAAAAGAAGAUAAUAA